AAUUCAGUGUCUAAAUCCCGUGGAUGAGAGUCACUACUUCCCUUUAUUGAACUCGCAACUCUUCCAAAAUGUUCCAAAGAUCGCCUAAAAUGUCGAUGUUCAAGAUGUAACAACUUAAUCAUUUUUCUCCGCCCGCCCUUUCUCUUGCUUGUAAGAAUGACACGAGAGAGCGACCUGCCCAAAUUGGCAUAGCCUACUGGUUCUUCCUUCGCUUCGAUUCCUUAAAGCAGGUCAGCCGGCCAUCAAGCUAUUAUAACGAUUCAUUUUCUCAAUCUUUACAGUCUUGAAUUAACCUGAAAUAGCUAAAAUAGUGGUGGAUGAUUUCAUAGUGUAUUUGCUUCUAAUUCUUGAUCUCUGUGAAGUUUCAAUUGCACAUUAGUACAUAUUUGUAUACUGGUAUGAAAUUAUGGUGGGAUCAUCAGUCCUUCAUCAGCCCAAGUUGUUGAUUCCCACUCAUAGGAAUGGCCUAGAAAUUGAAUCGGAUUCGAAGAGGGAACAAGACUGUAUCUUCCUUCUGAAGAAAUGCACUAGUGUGGAGGAAUUGAAGCAAGUACAUGCUCAAAUUCUAAAGCUGGGAUUGUUCUGUAAAUCCUUUUGUGCCAGCAAUCUUGUUUCCACUUGUGCUCUUUCAGAAUGGGGCAGCAUGGAUUAUGCGUGCUCGAUAUUUAAACAUAGAGAUGAUCCGGAUUCGUUUGAUUUCAACACCAUGAUUAGAGGACAUAUCAAGCAUAUGAACCUAGAACAAGCUCUGUUUACAUAUCUUGAAAUGCUCCAUUCAGGAAUAGAACCAGACAAUUUCACAUAUCCUGCUCUUCUCAAGGCGUGCACUCGUUUAUCUGCUGUGGAUCAAGGUAUGCAGAUUCAUGGGCAAAUUUUCAAACUUGGGUUUGUGGAUGACGUGUUUGUGCAAAACAGUUUAAUAAACAUGUACGGUAAAUGUGGGGACAUAAAGCGUUCUUGCGUCGUUUUUGAACAGAUGGAGGAUAGUCGAAAGACUAUUGCUUCUUGGAGUUCAGUUAUUUCAGCUUACGCUAGUACGGGCAUGUGGUCCGAGUGUCUUAGGCUUUUCGGUGAAAUGAAUGAAAUUGGUUUGAGGGCUGAGGAAAGUAUAUUGGUUAAUGUCCUUUGUGCCUGCACUCAUUUAGGGGCUCUUGACUUAGCUAUGUGUACACAUGGGUAUUUAUUGAGGAAUUUAACUGGACUCAAUGUUAUAGUGGAAACAACCUUGAUAGAUGUAUACAUGAAAUGCGGAUUCCCUGAUAGAGGCCUUCUUCUCUUCGAAAAAAUGUCUGAGAGAAAUCAGAUGUCUCAUAGUGUUGUAAUAUCCGGGCUGGCCAUUCAUGGACGCGCUCAAGAAGCUUUUAAGAUCUUCGAGCAGAUGAUCGAGCAAGGACUAAAACCAGAUGAUGUUAUCUAUGUCGGAGUAUUGAGUGCUUGUAACCAUGCCGGUUUAGUUCAAGAGGGGUUCAAAUAUUUCGACAAGCUGAGAUUUGAGCACCGGAUACAACCAACAAUUCAACAUUUUGGUUGUAUGGUCGACCUCAUGGGUCGAGCUGGAAUGAUCGAUGAAGCUAUCGAGCUUAUUAGGAGCAUGCCGAUGGAGCCAAAUGAUGUUUUGUGGCGCAGUCUUCUCAGUUCUUGCAAGAUUCAUCAGAAUGUCGAAUUAGGGGAAUUUGCUGCUAAGAAUCUCUUCCAGCUAAACUCGCGCAAUGCAAGUGACUAUAUACUGAUAUCUAAUAUGUAUGCGAAAGCUCAGAGAUGGCACGAUGUAUCUAUGACUCGGACUGAAAUGGCCAACAAGGGAUUAAUAAAUCAAGUGCCGGGAUAUAGCUUGGUCGAGGUGAAGAAGAAGAUGUACAAGUUCGUGUCAAAUGAUACGUCACAUUCGCAAGUAUACGAGAUGCUUCACCAAAUGGAGUGGCAGUUAAAGUUUGAAGGCUAUUCACCUGACACAUCACGGGUCUUGCUUGAUGUAGAUGAAGAUGAAAAGAGACAAAGAUUGAGUUCUCAUAGCCAAAAAUUGGCAAUUGCCUUUGCACUCAUACAUACAUCUCACACGUCUCGGAUUAGAAUAGUACGAAAUGUUAGAAUGUGCAGCGAUUGUCACACUUAUACUAAACUCAUCUCAACGAUUUAUGAACGAGAAAUUAUUGUCAGGGAUCGGAAUCGAUUCCACCAUUUUAAAGAUGGAACUUGCUCUUGUGGAGACUACUGGUGAAUAUAUAUACAUAUUUCUUUCUUUAGAAUAUUAUGGUCAUCCUCCUCAGUGACGUUGAAGUAUAUUGAAUUAUUGAGAGCAUCCAUGGAAACUUAGAAUCUUAGCACAAAAUUAUGGUAAGUAAAUAAUUAUAUUUUCUUGCUAGGAUGAGGCAUUCACUGCCACCAUUCAUCAAAGAUAAAUAAAGACCAAGUUAUAUGCUAACCCUUCGUUCCUUGUGUUACACGCACCUCUCUAAUAUGGCAAUGAGAAUGAGGGCUUCUUCAACAGCCAAUGCUUUAAGACUUUCAUCAGCUUCAAGGCCUCUUUUUUCUCCUACUGCCUUUUCACUCUCCAGAUGCUUUACUACUGGACCAUCUUGGAGAAGUAUAUGUUGAGCUCCCAGAGGCUGGUAAAUCUGCCACACAUGGCAAUGGCUUUGGCUCAGUUGAAAGCGUAAAAGCCACAAGUAAUGUUAAUUCGCCCAUCUCGGGUGAGAUUGUUGAGGUCAACACAAAGUCAAGCGACAAUCUUGAAUAGUCCAAAAGGUUACCCAUUUUCUUGUGGCUGAAUUAUUUGCAAUGAAGAUCAAUUCGAAGCCCAUAUGAAGACGGAAGGAUGAUAGAGGUGAAGCCAAGCAAUCCUUCAGAGUUAGAAUCCUUAAUGGAAGCAAAAGAAUACACAAAAUUUUGUGAAGAAGAAGAUGGUUCUCAUUGAAGCUUGAAUGUGCUUUUUAUACAAUUUUAAGUAACUGGUUUGAACCCAGCUUAACGUCUUCCAUUUUCAAAUAUUGUUUUCAAUUAUAUUUAAUGGGAAAAGGACUAAAAAGUAAGAACUCUGGCUAAGGGGUUAUGUGAC